CUUCCUUCGUAAAGCUGAGCUAUAACCGCAUUCAAUCUAAUUCUGCCAUAAAGGAUCAGGAUAUUCGCGGAGUCAAAAAUGUUGAUAAAAUUUACAUUCUUUUUCGGAUUUCUGCUCUACUUUUGUGAUUUUCUGGUUAGCGAGUGUGAUAUGCAGUGUGACACGGCGAUGACACCUAUCCAUUCUUGUGAUGUUACGCCAUCUGAGUACUUCGCGACUGGAGACGGUGAUUUCAAUGUGUAUUUUUAUUUGUUCACCAAAGCGAAUCCCACAGAUCCAGAGACGCUAGUUGAUGGUGAUAUCAAUUCUGUUCGUAAUUCUAAUUUUGAUUCAAAUAAUCCAACAAGAAUUAUCUGCCACGGCUGGACGGACAACAAUGAAUCCCAACUAUAUAUAGUGCUACGUGAUAAAUAUUUAUCCCGAGGGAAUUUCAACAUCAUCACAAUUGACUGGGGUGAGGCAGCAGAUGACCCUGACUACAUUAUAGCCGCAACUAAAGCAAAAUACGCUGGCAGAAAAGUAGCAUCUAUGGUCAAAUUUCUAGAAAGGAAUGCAUCUUUGGACCCAAAUAACACGUAUUUAAUCGGAGCCAGCUUAGGAGCCCAGGUUGCCGGUUUUGCUGGGAAAGACAUACAACCCAGGAGGAUACAUACAAUCUUUGCCUUAGAUGCAGCAGCGUCUCUCUUUGCAUACCGUAAUCCUCGAUAUCGCUUAGCUCGAGGAGAUGCCCAUUAUGUCGAAAGUAUCCAUACAAGUGGACUUCUUUUGGGUAUUGAACAUCCAGUUGGAGAUGCAUCCUUUUAUCCUCACUAUGGGAGAAUGCAACCUGGAUGCAACGAUUCAACAACGUUUUGUGAUCACAGCCGUGCGGUAUAUUAUUUUGCUGAGUCACUUGAAUUGCCAAAUAAGUUUUACGCGAUACAAUGUUCAACAUAUGAUCAAAUUAUUGAAAAGAAAUGUAAAUGGACUGGUAGGGUGGCGUAUAUGGGAGGUGAUCCCUCUAAUUAUGGACGAAAUAUAAGAGGAGUAUAUUUUCUACCUGUUAACGAAAAAUAUCCGUAUGCUGUUGGAAAAUUUUCACCUGCAAAUUGAGUAAUUUAGGUACAUCCUAACGGCGCU